AUGGCAGGUACUGAAAAAGCCAGCAUCCAGUCGGGACCACUCCCCGUUGAACUGAUCACGGAGAUCAUUGCCCUUGUUGCGGGCGGACUUUACACGAAGUUUGAUCAACUCAACCCUUAUGUACUCAAAACUCUUGCAGCCGCCUCUCUGGUGUCUCGCACUUGGAACACCAUAUGCCGCUCACACAUACUUCACACCCUCCCCGUCCUCAACUUUCACUUCAACUACGAACGGCUCCGCUUCCUCCACUUCGACGCUCCCCAUCUCUGCACAUUUAUACGUAAAGUCCUCCUCGGGCGUGACGAUUUUUGCACCACUGCAGGGUGGUUUCCAGCGUUUGCAGCGCGGUUAACAAACCUGCGUGAACUAGUGCUCGACAAUCCUGCUUCUCCCGGGAACGGUGGAAUGGUCCCAGAAUCACUUCCUGCGUGUCUGUUUACCGCCCCUCGCCUUCGCAAGUUAGUUUUCCGUUACUGGAACUCCGCUGUAGAUGGCUCGGACGUCCUCAGCGUGCUCUCUGCCACCAUCGAGGAGCUGUCGUUCGAGAAUAUGAACGGCCACAACUUAUCAGAUCUGGCGGUACAGUCGCAAUCGACCGUCAGCAACCCCAUCGAGUGUCCUAAUCUCCAACGCUUCACCUUCUGGACUUCUUCCAAACACCCAUGGACUUUGCCGCCAUGGGUUCCUACCAGUUUUUCGGAGCUCACUUUGCACGCUAGAAUGAGCCGCCGAGCCCUGCCUGACUUUGGCACGGCUAUAAGACCCUCGGUAGUGACAAUACACCUACUGGGCACCAGUGACUCGUACUUCGACUUCUUCUACUGGAUCCAGCACUGUAUCAGGUCCCUUCCAUCUCCAGGAUCUGUCAAGACGCUCAACAUCCACAUUAUCAACAACCUCGACUAUGAUUAUGGCCUGAAGGCCAUGGUCGGGCUGUACCCCGAUUUGGAAGACUACGAAAUGUUCUCUCGGUUCCUGCACCGACUUUGGGCCUGCGAGGGAGGGAGCCUGAAGGCCAUUGCAUUGGACAUCAGGCCGCAGACGGAACACUGCAAGGACGAUAUGCAGGUCUCUAAGGAACGGCGGCUGGCGGAGUUGGCGAAGUUAAAGAAGGGGUUCGCACCAUUGUUGGAAGCACAUGUCCUUAAUGUGGACUAUAUCAUAGAGCGGCCUGAAUUUGAUACGUCCAUACAGGUCAUGCGUUGUAGCAUACAUACACGGGUAUGA